CCGGCCUCCUCCAGACACCGUUCCGUCCAAGCUCUCCGCCCAAACAUGUCCCGCACCGGCCUGUUGCUCGCCGCCGCGGCCCUGGCCGCCGUCCUGGCCCUCGCCGCCGCCAAGCCCCAGCCGGGCAAGCUCGACUCUGUGGACGUCGAUGCGGUCCUCAAGAACAAGCGCCUCUUCAACAACUACGUCAAGUGCAUCAUGGACCAGGCGCCCUGCUCCGCCGAAGGCAGCGAACUCAAGGAGAGGCUGCCCAAGGACCUGGCCACCAAGUGCGCCUCGUGCAGCGACACGGAGAAAUCCCGCGCCAAGAAGGUGAUCAACUACCUCAAGAAGGAGCGCAAGGAGGUGUGGGAGGACUUCAAGAAGAAGUACGAUCCCGAGAGCAAGUGGGGUGACCUCGAGUGGGCCUCCUCAUCCUGAACACCUAGUCGACAUCAACGUUCCUGCUGUCAUUUGUGAAUACUCAUCGGACUUCCGUCUCCCUUCAUCGCAUCGAGAGUGACGAGUUAACCCGCCGUUAUGACGCCCUUUCGUACUUUUAGCCCUGAGAGUGCUUCGUACCUCCUAGGGAUCGUAAUUUUAUAAUUAGCGCUGUGAUCAUAUGGUCUGCUGUGAUUUCUAUUAAAAUUGUUAUUUUGAUUAAA